AUUCUGUCCCGCUUCCACCAUCCCUCGCCUUUACAAUUUGUCGGUACCUCUGGUAACCAUGGCAUCUCCUAUAGCCACCGCGAGAGCGAGGACAUCGUGUUAUCGAUGCCACAAGAGGAAAAAACGAUGCGACAGGGCAUUACCCUCGUGCAGUAAUUGCGAAGUGGCUCACGUAAGAUGCAGCUUCCUUGAUGACGACCGCCAAACUGCGUCCUAUCCUGUAGCUUAUGUCCGCGGCUUGGAGAGGAGGGUUCGUGAUAUGGAAAAGAGAAUGGCCUCCAAAUCCCACAUGCCACCCUUUGCAGAUGAAGGACAUGCGUCUCUCAACGAUGACCACCCUUAUGCGCAUUCUACCAUGGAAGACAUGCAGAUACUUGGUCAGGAGGAUUCCAGCACCUUUGGAGCCGUUCCCAAUGCCAGUGCGGCCAAUAGCUCCGGGGACUUUCCUACUCUCCUUCAAGACCCACCACCAUCCUUUGUCGGGGAGCUCAAGACUCUCUCGCUCGAAGCGACAGCGGAAAGACACCUUGGUUCUACCUCAGGCGUCUCAUUUGCCAGGCUCACCCAGAUGGUCCUCCGCCGGCUGACUCCAGAUAAAGCCGAUUUCGUUUUCAUUAACCAUCGCGAAAAUUAUAGUGGCGCCCACCUAUUUGCCUUCAAUUCUCCUUCAGAGCUUUUGAAUCCUUCCCUAUUUGAGAGCCUGAAUGAUUCAGUCUCCAUCCAUCCAAUUCUAUUUGGCGAUGUUGUGUUAUCCGACAUCGCCGAACCAAGUGCUUCGGUUGCAGAUUUGAACCUGCCGACCGACCAAGCAUAUAUCGACCGUUUGGUCGAGUUUUACUUUGCCCACUCUAAUACUCUGUAUCCAAUUCUAUAUCGGGAUGAGUUCCUGCAGAGCCUUCGACAGGUCCGCGAGAACUCCGAGCAUCCAACCAUGAACUCCUCUCUUUCCCUAUUCAGAAUCUGGAUGGUGCUUGCGAUCGGGUCUACGGCAUACUCUUCCGUCUCGUUAUCUGAAGAGUCCGAGUCCUUGGUUUACUACAGUAAAGCGCUUGAGUACCUUGAACAAGCUAUGGAAUUUGGUGAGAUGGCUGCCUUGGAGGUCAUCAUGCUACAGGUUUCGUACUCGUUCUUUAACCAAUUAGGACCAAAUACUUGGUUUCUGGUCGGCUUAGCUGCUCGGCUGGCACUCGGCAUGGGGUUGCAUACUUCCUCAACAUACAUCGGUAUGCCUCUCGACAUGGAACAACGUCGAAAGCGUAUAUUCUUCUCUAUUUACAUGAUGGAUCGUGUCGUGUCAAAUGCACUAGGUCGCCCUUUUGCUGUGCACGAUGAUGACAUAGACAUUUCGCCUUUUGUAGGCGUCGACGACGAGAACAUUCAAGCUGAUGGUAUACAUACUCAGAGUUCCCUUCAACCAUCCCUUCUGGCUAUCCCACUCCACAUUCUUGCACUCAGAAAGAUUGCCAGCAAGAUCGCGAAACAAGUCUACUCAAACCGCGAGACAGCUAAUCUCAGCUCGAAGGAGCGUGAAAAUGUGCUCCAUACGCUGCACAAGGAGCUCAUUGACUGGCGCCGCGGCAUGCCGUUCCCCCUUCCCGAUAUUAACAGUCAGGUGCCCCAUUUGACCACCAACUGGUUCGACUUCAAUUAUUACACCCACAUAGCAUUGCUUUACAGGCCAUCACCUCUACUACCAACCAUGGACCAGGAGAGAAUCAAGAUACUCCUGGAAGCAGCAUCGAUGUCUCUUCGUCAAGCCUUCAACAUGCAUCAACAACGACGAUUCGCCUACAACUGGCUCAACUUUCUUUCCCUGUUCACUUCAACAUUGUCACUCAUUUACUCCACCACUGUGCAGCCCGACAACCUUGUUACAAUCUUAAAGGAGACGAAAGCGAUCGAUGACCUUGACUUGGCUAUUGGACUGUUCGAUACAUUCGGUGUCAAGUUUCCGGCAGCAAACAAAAUCCGGGGAAUGAUUGCAGAGAUAUCUAGGCGAUACAAAGACCUGCGCGACUCUACUAUUUAAUUAAUUAUUCUUUCUCUAGGAGAGGUGAACUCACUCCCUGGUCGCUAAAUAAUAUACCCUGCAUCAAUAAUGAUGUUGGUCCCAGUUAUGCUCUUAGAUGUUGCUAGGCUCAAGACCUGUUCCGCAACGUCCUUGUGGUUUUCAUUUGGUUAGGACCUGAAUUGUGAGGGAUUAAAAGAAAUAUCUUACCUCAAUCUCGACAAACCUUUUUAACUUGGUCUUUUGCCGAUGAGCCUCCUUCUGUUCUGAAGUGAAGCGAGUUGCCCACUCCUAAUUGGAAAUAAGCCGUGUUCCUUAUUCUCCUAUAAAGAAAUAUUGCAUUACCGUUUGAAGCAGUCCAGGAGAUACACUAUUCACCCGAAUCUUAGGUGCUACCAUGCUGGCCAACCCACGAACCAUAUGUAUCUGGGCGGCCUUCGUAGCCCCGUAGGCCUGACAGGGAUAUCAAUAUCAGUAUCUACUUAUGUUGUGUAAGAGAAAGAACACUUACGAG